ACUUUCUCCAGCCUUUGUUAUGAGCAUCCUUGUCUACUACGAGCAUCCUUGACAGCUGGCUGGUGCGGGGAUGAUGGAGCCUUUAAGCCAACACGGCCUUCCUCGCCUCUCCUGGAUCGACACCCUUUAUGGCAACUUCAAUUACGGCACGGAGGAGUACGAUGCGGAGGGCAACGAGGAGAUCCGUGUUCGGCCCGGCGGCUCGGAAGCCAUGCCUUACAUCGACGAAUCGCCCACCAUGUCCCCCCAACUCGGCGCCCGCAAUGCGGAGGGCGGCAACGACGGAGGGACGUCGCAAAGCGUUUCACCCACCCCGACUGAUGGGCUGGGCACCCUGGUUGAACAAGAUGCCGGGAAAGGCGUGGAGAUGCGGAAGUUGGUGCUAAAAGACUUUUUGGCCAGUGAGGAGAUGUACAUCAACCAGCUGGAGGCCCUGCUCUUGCCGAUGAAGCCAUUGAGGGCCACGGCCACCACCUCCCAGCCGGUCCUCACCAUCCAGCAGAUCGAGACCAUCUUCUACAAAAUUCAGGACAUUUAUGAAAUUCACAAGGAGCUGUACGACAAUCUCUGGCCUCACUUGCAGAAUUGGGACAGCGAGGUGGUCCUGGGACACCUUUUCCAAAAGCUGGCUACCCAGCUGGGAAUUUACAAGGCUUUUGUUGACAACUAUAAAAUUGCACUGGAGACCGCCGAAAAAUGCAGCCAGCAUAACAGCCAGUUCCAGAAAAUAUCAGAGGAGCUGAAGGUCAAGGGGACCCACAGUUUUGUCACCAUGGAAGCAUUGCUGUAUAAGCCUAUAAAUCGAGUCACAAGAAGCACCAGUGUGUUACAAGAUCUGCUGAAGCAUACGCCGACCGACCACCCCGAUUACCCGCUGCUACAGGACGCGCUUCGGAUUUCCCAGAAUUUCCUCUCCAGCAUCAACGAGGACAUUGAUCCUCGCAGAACGGCCGUCACUACCCCGAAAGGAGAGAACCGCCAGCUGGUCAAGGAUGGCUUCUUGGUUGAGGUGGCGGAGGGGUCUCGCAAGCUGCGCCACGUUUUCCUCUUUACGGACGUUUUACUCUGCGCCAAGUUGAAGAAGACGGGCGUCGGAAAAAAUCAGCAGUACGAGUGCAAGUGGUACAUCCCGUUGGCCGAGCUGGUCUUCCCCUCCUUGGAAGAGUCUGACCUGUGUCCGCACGUCCAGGCCAUGCCUGACCACGACCUGGAAGACAUGAAAAUCAAGAUUUCUUCGAUGAAGAGCGAAGUGCUAAAGGAGAAGGCCAAUAAAGGCCAGAGCCGAGCCAUGGAGCGCCUCAAGAAGAAAAUGUUCGACAACGAGUUUUGGCUGCUGCUCAACUCGCCCUCCAUCCCCUUGCGCAUCCACAACCGCAACGGCAAGAGCUACCUGUUCCUUCUGUCCUCGGACUACGAGCGGUCGGAGUGGAGGGAGGCGAUCCAGAAACUGCAGAAGAAAGAUCUCCAGACCUUUGUGCUAAGUUCAGUGGAGCUGCAGUACCUGAUGGGAUCCUGUUUCAAGUUACGGACGGUGCACAACAUCCCUCUGACCAGCAACACGGACGAUGACAAACCUUUAGGAAUGUGUGGCUUUUUGCACGUGAUUGUCCACUCGGUCAAGGGCUUCAAGCAAUCUGCCAACCUCUACUGCACCCUUGAAGUGGAUUCCUUUGGGUACUUUGUCAGCAAAGCCAAAACACGAGUGUUCCGGGACACAACGGAGCCGCAGUGGAACGAGGAGUUUGAGAUAGAGCUGGAAGGCUCCCAGUAUCUGCGCAUUCUCUGCUACGAGAAGUGUUACGACAAAACCAAGCUGAACAAAGACAACAACGAAAUUGUCGACCGGAUCGUGGGCAAGUGGCAGGUCCAGUUGGACCCCCAGACGGUGCAGACGAAAAACUGGCAGGUGGAUGUGAUCGAGAUGAAUGGGGUGAAAGUCGAAUUUUCGAUGAAAUUCACCAGCCGGGAUAUGAGCCUCAAGAGGACCCCCUCGAAAAAGCAGACGGGGGUCUUCGGAGUCAAAAUCAGCGUGGUCACUAAGCGGGAGCGCUCCAAGAUCCCCUAUGUUGUGCGCCAGUGUGUGGAGGAGGUAGAGAAACGGGGCAUUGAUGAAGUCGGGAUCUACCGGAUCUCAGGGGUGGCCACCAAAAUCCAGGACUUGAAAGCCGCCUUUGAUUCCAACAGCACAGAUAUCCUGGUUAUGCUGAGCGACAUGGAUAUCAACGCCAUUGCGGGGACCCUGAAGCUAUACUUCCGCGAACUGCCGGAACCUCUGCUGACGGACCGGCUCUAUCCGACCUUUAUGCAAGGCAUCGCACUUUCCGACCCCUCGGCCAAGGAAAACUGCAUGCUGCAUCUUCUACGCUCCCUCCCGGACCCCAAUCUCAUCACCUUCCUCUUCCUCCUAGAACAUUUAAAACGGGUUGCCGAGAAGGAGCCCGUCAACAAAAUGUCGCUGUACAAUCUGGCUACCGUCUUCGGCCCGACGUUGUUGAGACCCUCGGAAGCGGAGAGCAAAGGGCACGUCACGCUGGCCUCCGACAUCUGGUCCCACGAUGUGAUGGCGCAGGUUCAAGUCCUGCUGUACUAUUUGCAACACUCGCCCAUCUCCUUCGCCGAGCUGAAACACAAUGCAGUCUACUUGUCCACGGACGUGUAGCGGGCAGUUCCGCGGCCGUGAUCACCAUCCCUGUUUGUCUAAGCGGGGAGAAAGGGAGGGCCCCGGGCAGAAGCGGCUUCUGGACGCUGACCCUGCGGAGGAGUUUUGGGGGGGGGCUCUUCGGGGGCAAACUCGGCCUGCGCAGCCCCCCCCCCGGACUGUUUUUGUAUACAUCUUUUUUCCUAGCCCUCCUCCUCCCCCCCCGCCUCCGACGAGUCCAGCUCUUUUUCUGCACAGCAGCCCACCUUCUGCGCCUCGACACGGGCCCGAGUCGUUUGGACGGACGUCCUUUGAGUCGCAGAGAGGAAGCGAGCCACGGACAAGGGUCGGGGCCCGGUCUUGGGUGGAGAUCCGUGCUUUUCCAGAAAGUUGUCAUCUUCUGAGGUUGCACAGAGUGCGAGAGCAGCCAAAUCUCUCUCCUGUUUCUCCCUU